AUCUCAAUAAUCAACAAAUCAUCAAUGAAAACAAAAACUUGAAAGAAAAAGACUUUAAAAACAAAAUAUCAGAACUAAGACAGGAAAUACAUGGUGUAAAAAGAGAACUUUCGGGAUUUAUCAAACAUAAUAAUCUUGAAAAAGAAAAAACACGUAUAGAUGAAUCAUUAGAUAAUUUUAAAAUAAUCUACAAUGAAACCGAUUUUGGAUGGUGUUGGCUCGGUAUUCCUCAUAGACAUGGAGGCGAAGGCGGUGGUGGUGAUUAUGGAAAAAUUCGUGAAUUAGAAACCCAAUUAUCUGAAAUGACAAAAAAUAGAGACGAUUGGAAAAAACAAUCUGAAGAAUGGAAAAAACAAGCAAACGAAAUAGAAGAACAAUUAAAAGAAUAUGAAAAACAUAAAAAAGAAGUGGAAGAUAAAAUUACUGAAAUUAUGAUAACUCAUCUCAACAUAAGUAGAAUUGAAAUCGAAAAAUUAACCACUGUUGGAAAAUUAGAUACAAUCUUAAACUUCAUAAGACAAGAAGUAAAAGAAUGUUUAAGAUUACUUGGAAUCCCUUUUCAAACUGGCGAUAGUUUGAUUUCUAUGCUUAAAAAAUUAGUAAAAGCCUGUAAAGAAAUUGGAAUAACCGGUCCUGUUCAAGAAAUGUUAUUAAGAUGUCUAAAAACAUUGGAUCCUAAAACUCAAAUAAAUGAUCCUAAAUCCUUUGGGACCGUGUCUUUGAGUAUGGAUGCUUUGGUGAAAGCUUGCUAUGAAAACAGUAGAGAUAUUUUAAACAAAGAACGAUUUGAAAAUAGACCUGAAAUUAGUUUUGUAAGAAAAUUAAUGAGAUGUCAUUACUACAUGGUUGGGAAAAGCAAUCUAUUGAGUGUAAAAACAAUGGCUGAUAAUUUGUUUAAAGUAACUGAUCCCGAAAGUGAAAAAAUGUUUAACAGAAAAAUAUGGAAAAAUAUCGUUAAAAAGGAAUAUAACUUACUUUCUAUUUUUAAUCCCAAAUACAAUUAUAUUAAUAUAUUAUUAAAAGAUGCAGGUUACUAUAGGUAUGGUGAAGUUAAAUAUGAUGAGACUUUUCUUUAUAAAUUACAUUUUUGUUAUUGGCUUUUAAAACGAGAAAAAUAUAAAAUAUCAGACAAUGAUUCGAAUAAACAAGGUAUAGAUGAUAUGAGUGUUGAUGAUUUAUUUGAACCAAUUUAUUUUACUUAUCUUCGGAAUAAACGAAAUAGAAUGCCAG